UAUUUUUAAGUACAGUAAUAAAAAAAAUCUUUCAAAAUGAACUCUAUGCAGAUUUUGGACAUGCCUGACGACUGCCUGAUCAGGAUAUUCGGGCACUUGGAUUUGAUAAAUCAGUGCAAACUGGCAAAUACCUGUGCUCGCUUUAGGCACAUCUACGACUGUGCCUUUAGUAAGCGUUUCCGUUGCUUUGCGUGGAACGAACCCAUGCAUUCCUGGACCACGCCACAAGUGGAAAAAUUCUUUAAGUUGAAUGGCCCUAAGAUGCGCAUGUUGGCUGUCUCGGAUGUGCAAGGGGCGGACAGAGUGCCACUGAUUUGCAAGGCCCAGCAAAUGAUCAAUGUGUGCUGCUAUUUGAAAAAUCUAAGAUCCUUGAUAUUAUCCAUAGAUUAUAGGGUGACUUGCAUUAUCAUUCAGAUCUGUAAGCAUAUGCAGAAAUUAGAGAAUUUCGUGAUCGACUGUGAGUCUCAUCCCAAUUAUGAGUUUCUUGUUCUGUUGCCAUGUAUAAGAAGCUUGGAUAUUAAUUAUUAUGUCGAUCCCAAUUGUAAGCUGCUCCAGAGAUUCGCCCAGCUGCGUCCAGAUGCUUUGCUCCAUUUGCGCCUUGGAACGGAAGUUCCAAUAGAACACCGGGAGUAUAUUGCCCAAAUGCGGUCCCUUGAACUAUUGAACGUAUACAGACCCUGCUAUCAUUUUCUUAACUCUGUUAUACUACAGUUGCCCAAUUUACGUGUCCUUAGCAUUUCGUCUGGCCAUCAUUUGCGAUGGACUGAUUUUAAGCAUUUGGUUAUUCAGCUUAAGUUCCUUUCUACUAUGUAUAUUAUUCAGUGCAAUCAAGUAGGCGACGAGUUUAUAUUGUUCGUUGUUCAGUAUUUGAAGGAGGAAAUUAGACAAUCAAUUAGUUGCCGCAACUUGCCUUUCUACGCGGCACUAUAUGAAACUAGCGUAACGGAGGGCAUGAGGGAGAAUGAACUCAUCAAAUCAUCUGAUUCCAUAAUUAAAGUUGUUUCGCAAUCACAUAGAAGUGUGUUUUGAAAGUGUUGGCGCCUUAGCGGUACACAAAGCAUUCAUCAUUUGGAAAGGAAAUUCGAG